UGGUUUUCGCAUAAAAAGCAUUUGCCAAAUUUAAGCGAUGUUAUUACCUAACAGUUCAAAAUAAUAAUAAAAAAUCAAUCAAACAACUUUCUAGCAAUCGAUUAUUUUUGUGUUUGUGAUAAAAUCGAUAAAUCCUGAUUUUCCCAUGACAAAUAUGACUCAUUUUAUUAAUCGGAAGCAAAAAUAAAAGGCCACGAUGGGUUUGGGCGAUACGCUUUUGCAGCCCGAGAACUUUGGGAAGUAUUUUCAUGGAUUGUUUGAAAAUACUAAUGAUGCCAAAAGGAGACAUGGGGGCACUUGGAAGAAAAACAAGUCUAAGAAGAAUAAGAAUAAGUCGGGGUUGAAGAGCAAGGCGAUUUAUAAAACUCUCGAUGGUACCCUAAUAGACCCGGCAGUGUCCUGCGCCCCCGAUGUUGAGAUACCAACAAAUGCAUCACAGUUUGCUGUUUAUUUUGCUGUUCGAGGAGCAAUUUUAGAGAGAUGGAUGCGUCAGGCUGCUGCUGUUUUUGUCAAUAGCAGCGCAGCAACCCCCAAUAAUGAUCUACCAAUAGAUAUUGAUAGUGAUACCGAAGAUAUUACACAGAGUCAUGAUAUUACACCUGCUAAAAUUCCAAAGAUUGUAGGUAUAGGACUUUGCAGUGUUUUUGAAUUAAUAAGAGAAAGCAGGAGCACUCAUCCUGCACUUUGUACCAAAGCCCUUCAUGCCCUUCUGGACGUCAUACAAGGUCAACAUCCAGAAGAACUAAAAGCCGAACCAGAAGACACCAUGAACGCCUUGUUCCAAUUGCUCCUCGACCUGGCUACAUCUCACGGUCCUGCACCGUCUCAACCAGACGACGGACGCGGUCUGCAGGCCGUGGCGUGUGCCUGUUUGCUCGGCCUGGUCACUGUCAGAGGAGAUACUGGGAAGAUGUUAAUGGCUUUAGGAGCUAUGCUGAUGUGUCCGAGACAACUUGCUUCACAAAACAUCAAGAUGCCUGCCGUCCUGGUGUCUCUCCAGCGCUCCGUCCACGCAGUCCUACUCGAAAAACAAACCCGACCAGAUUUCCUAACCCACGGCAUACCAGCCGAAUCUCUGGUGGACUCCUUCUUCGUGGACACCGACUGUCUCAUGACUUCGAGUGGAGGAAGCGCGACUGCUCUGGCUUCUGAUGGAAAAUUCUUGUAUGCUCUAACAGCCCGAGGACUGCUGAAAAUUGGUACUGGUUAUGCUGGUACUGUUAAAGGAUUCGUUUACGCUUGUAAUAAGGAUGUUGCUUGUCGGGCAUGGAUCGGAUACUGUAAUACUACACUGUAUUACAAGCAAGCAGGCAACACGCCACUUUGUGAAAUUAAUCGAGAGAAUUUACAAUUGAUUGGAAGCACGGAUCAAUAUUCGAGCAGCCGAGACCAGUCCAGAACUUCAUCGGUUAUGUUCAGCGAUGGAGAAAAUUUAGGCAUCAUUACAGCAGCUAAAGAUGUAAGUGAAUAAGAAAAAAAAGAUUCGUUUAUCGUAAGAACCCUAAACUCGAGCACUCCUCUCGAUUUGCCCUUAAAAUUGGCAAGGAAGCGUUUGGACGUCUUGGGAGGAAAUGCAAAUGAAUUUCUAAGUGAUGGGUGUGAGGAAGAUAUCGCUCAGGUGUGUGCUGGGAAAGAAUUUGUGCUUGCUCGAGGGAGUAAUGGAAAGGCCUAUUUUACUGGUAAACCAUCAGUAUUGGGCAUAAAGGUGAACGCAGCAAACAAAACACCAGGAAAUUGUCUAAGCGAGUUGAUUAUUCCAAAAAAUCCUCGAGUUGUCCAAAUUGCAGUAGGACAUGAAGGCCAGCAUGCAGUCCUUGUUAUGGAUGAUGGUUCUGCAUAUUUUGCAGGAACUUCAAGACGGGGUGAAGACGGCGACCAAGUCAAAGUCCGUAGGCAGCCUCGUCCGAGUAAACCAAAGAAAAUGACCAAAGUCGAAGCCUACCACAUAGUUCAGGCAGCAUGCAAUAACGGAACGACUGCGUUAGUCACCAGGAAUGGUGCCUUGUUGAUGUUCGGGAAGGACACUGUGCAUUGUGAUCAGGCCACAGGUUCUGUCGUUGAUCUAAGAAACGAGUUCAUAGUGCAAGUUGCUCUUGGAAAAGCUCAUGCUGUUGCUCUCAACUCGAAAGGAGCUGUUUUUACAUUUGGAAUCAACAAUAAAGGGCAGUGUGGUCGAGAAUACGUUCCUUAUAAUCAGAAAGAAACACCGGAUCCUGUUGCAAUGGAAACGAGUGCCCAGAAUUUGGGAGAAUCGGAUGACCAGCCUCCAUAUCAGCAGGAGGACGAUGAAGAAAUUAGCGAUGCUCAAUGUAACCAGCAGCUGCAGCAGCAGCAGCCUAAUCAGCCGCAGUUGUCUGCUAAUCAUCCAUCUUGCGCUGCUGGUAGACAUACAUUUAGACGCUAUAACUGUAUGGUCUGCACCACCUGUAACGAAUGCACCGGUUAUGGAACUGCUUGCAGAAGUUCCAAUCCCGAUAGAAAACCUGGAAUGCAAUGUGGAUGUGGAGUCGGCGACAGCGGUUGCAACAAAUGUGGAAUAUGCAGACUUUGCGCCUUGGAGGGAGGCGCCAAUAUCGAUUUAGAACUUGCAUUGAACGGCUUGAACGAUGAUGAAGUGCCACCGUUGCCUGCAGUCAACUACGAAGGCUCCAGGAAUUUCGAGGACAACCACAAGAGCAGUGCCAAGAAGUCCUAUGCUAGUAUGAGGAACCACAUGGUUCGCUAUAAGCGCGGAAUGAAGGGAUGGCCGAGUGCCGAUGAGCAGAACGCCGGUUCCGACGCCGACCGCGACGCAACCCGCGUCAGCCUCCUAUCUCCGGCCAGAUUGCCCUUCUUGUCGCCUUCUCCUGUGACUCAGGUCGCUUGUGGACUUCACCACACAGUGUUGCUCACCCAGAAGGGAUUCGUUUAUACUUUUGGAUCGAACCAGUACGGACAGCUAGGCGUUGGAGACGUACAUCCCCAUUCGGGACCUCAAAGAGUCCCUAUUAACGUGGCCAUAGUCCAGGUUGCUGCCGGAAGCAACCACACCGUUCUUCUCAGUGGAAAAGGAGAAGUCUAUUGCUUUGGAAACUAUCAGAAGGGACAAUUAGGGUUGAACUUGGACAACUUCAGCAGUGGCAACUUCUUGGUCAAGAAAAACUCGUUUGCCCUUUGCUCGCCUGUGAUGUUGCAAAGCUUGGGGCCUCAUAAGGCAAGACGUGCCACUUGGGUUGGUGCUAACGGAGAUCAAACUUUUGUCAAGUUUGAUGAAUCUCUCAUCAACGCUUCCAGUCUCGUUAAUUCCAUAGUAGUCGCUAACAAGAACAGCAUCAUACUCUUCCCCAAGUACGUAACAUCAUCCUUCAAAUGCCUCGUGAUCAACAAACGUGAUGGCACCUGCGUUUCGACCUUUCCUCAUUAUCAGGCAGACUUGAACAACCAAAUGAUUUGCCUGGAUCCAGUUUAUGGAGUCAUGUGGACUUACAACAAACAAGCCAAGAUAUCAUGCUACAACGUAAUCGCAUCGGAGACCAAAAGAUUGAGAAGUAUUUUCAAUGCAGAGUUGUGCUUGCCUGUGGUGUCCAAUGUUUUUGUGAGCAGAUUUCAGGCUGCCAUUAAUAUGCUGUGCUGUUUGGAUGUUUUGAAUUUGGCUCAGGAUUUGAAAUUAUCAGUAAAGAAGCAGUUGGCCUUAACAUCUUCUCCUGGUGGACCAUCAUCAUCCAAACCAUUGAGCGUAGACGAUUAUCAAAUUGUGAACAGAUUCGACAGUCAUGGAGGAGGCUGGGGCUAUUCUGGACAUGCUGUCGAAGCCAUCAGGUUUAUGUGUGAAACCGAAGUCAUCAUUGGUGGUUUUGGCCUAUUCGGUGGACGUGGUGAAUACACUGGCAAGAUAAAACUUUUAGAUUUGGGUAUGGAAGGCGGUGAGCAAGAAACCGAUGGUGAAUUAAUUGCAGAAACCGAAGAAGCUCCCUACGAGUGCGCCCCCAGAACCAAGAAACCGAUUCUGUUUGAUGAACCAAUACAUAUACAGGCUAAUAGAUGGUACUUAGCUUGGGCUCGAGUCAGUGGACCAUCGAGUGACUGUGGAGCUUCAGGACAGCAUCUCGUCAUUACUGACGAUCAGAUUCAAUUCAGCUUCAAAUCUUCCAAAAAAUCCAACAACGGAACCGACGUAAACGCUGGCCAGAUACCUGUAAUAUACUAUCGAAUCAUCUCCAACGAAGUCCAAGUGCCACCGAGACAAAACAAUGCUCUAUCUUUAGAACCACCAGUCCAUAUACUGAGCAAAGAUUUUUCAAGAAAUGUUAGCAAGGAAGCCUUCCAAGCUUUGAUAUCUCUAUUGCAAUGGAGCUGGUCCACUUUCAAAGCGGGAGCCAUCGAAGCUAUGAAUCAGGCUAAUUCGCAUAAUUUGGCAAUUGUUAUUCAGGAAUUGGAGAAGUUGGUUUAUAUCAGCAAGGCUUGUUUGAGAUUGCUCAGGAUUUACAUUAAUGAUAUUUAUCCAAGUCAGGUGUCUAAAAAAUUCACCCAAGAGUCCCUCAGUCUAGCCGAAUGCAUAGGAGACGUGAGACUAUUACUCAUGCAAAUUCUGAGCGAUGCCCAAACUGAUGGCUGUGGAAAGAAUGCAUCUGGUAAAUCGAAGGUGAAGAACAGCAGUGUGAUUACAACUCUCCAGAACCAUACCGGGAUUCAUGGUAAUUCAUGGAACCAUUCGAGACUGAACUCGAUGGCCGAGGAUCUGCUGGAGGAGUGCCAUAAAACCUUCAUAGGUUGCUAUCAUGCUUUUUACCCGACUGCUAAUUUGAAGUGGCAGUGCUUGUGUGACCUAUUGGUGGAAAUGGACAAGGAUCAUCAGAAUUAUAACAGUGCUGCCCGACUUCUUAGUGCUGUACUCGAAGCCCUUUGUUCACCUUCGGUGCGUCUAAGGUCCACUUUACCAGUGCUUUCAGCUAAAGGCUUGGGAGAGCCUUGUCAUAAGUCAAAAUUGAGUCCUUCGGACAAUGCUGGUUUGCCCAUGGUUACUGGAAUCGAUGGACAUCAUUAUCCGAUACUGGUCGAACAGAUGUCUUACAGAAGUCAUUUGGAGAAGAACGACUUCGUAGGCUGGCAAUUCAAAGACGUCCUGGACAGAUUACUGGACAUUGUAACUUUACCAGUUAAGCGAAUGAUUCUUGACUUAGUAAAACAAAAGCGACAGACCAUUGGUAUUAUCGGUGAAAACCAGAAUAUCAGAACUGUCCAACAACCCAUCAGAUCGAUGACACAACAACAAAUGUCUGAGUUUCAGAAGAGGAGCAAUUAUAUUGAAAAUAUAGGUAUGAAUAACUCUAACGAUCCGGCUAUGAAUUCCAAUUGCAAUGAGAUUCAACCGAUACAACCACCAAAUUCUCUACAAUUGUCAGGCGAAGGAAAUAAAUCUAGAACCAGCAUCACAAGCAAGAAAUUAGGUUCUGGUGCCGGCCUGGACCGCGAUUCUGGUCUGGUCAAGAAUAGUUGCCAUUUGCUUGCACGAGUUGUUGCCGAAUUGGCUUAUCAGUGCACUGGGACAGAUGAGGAUUUGAUAGGAGCCUGCGGCCGAGCACCACUCUGCACCCCAUCCCGUUUCACCAGAUGCAACCAGACAAGAACCUGGAAUACAGGAAAUGGUGCACCCGAAGCCAUUUGCUUCACGGUCGAUCGUCCUGGUCUCUCUGCCGUAGGGGCUGUGAUUUAUGGAGGAUCCGGAUGCUAUGAUUACGAACUCGAGAUAUUACAUUUUGACAACGAGUCACCCACCAAUUCGGGCAGACCUUACGUGACCCACAGAUGGCACACUUUGGAAUUCGUAAAAGGAACGAUCGGUCCUGAAGAUUAUUCAAAGAGAGAGUUGGCUGAUAUAUUGUUCGAGAAGGCUGUACCACUCAAGGUGGGAAAGAAAUAUGCCAUUAGGCUCCGAAAUCAUGGUGGACGCACCAAUAACGGUGAUGCAGGUAUCACGACAGUUGUGGGACCUUGUGGUGCCACUUUUCAUUUUUCUACUUGCUCGUUAAGUUUUAAUGGAACCACACAGGUUCGAGGACAGAUACCAUCGCUGCUGUAUUAUAGCAAUCCUACCGAUACUGACACCAUCCAGACAAGCCGCUCAGUAAUAGAGCGACAAGCGAGAAAAUCCACUCUCGAAAUGAUUACGACUAUAUCAAAUUGUUGCCGAUAUUUGCUCGUAGAAUCGAGAGAUCUAAUUGGUAAAUUGGAUAACAAUCUUGAUUGCAACAACGAUUUGGAGAGUGAUAAAAGCCCUUCAACUACCGCCGGUGGCUCCGAUGAUUCCGUACAGGAACUUUGUAGUAGAUUGGGCGAGUCUAGCCUGAUAAAUACUCUGAUGCCACUUGUUUUCGCACAUGUUGUGCCACUACUCGGAGACGCAAGGAGCAGCGUCCAAGUCUUAUCUCUAAUCCAAGAGCUCUUACCCCACGUAUCAGCCCUGAAUCUACUGUCCUCCAACGACACCAAACCGGAGGACAUGGCAACCAGCCACCAAUCAUCACAAACCACCAGCAGCACCUCGACAGGCACUCAUUAUGCCCUGGUCGAAUCGGAACAUCCUUACAAACCCAGUUGCAUCGUGAAUUAUCGAAUCAGAUUUCCAUCAGGAGUCAAAUGGAUGGUGUUAGAAUUCGAUCCUAAAUGUGGAACUGUUCAGCCUGAAGACACACUAGAGUUGUUUAUUCCGAAGGAAUUUUAUUCGGGAAGCCAGAAAGAUGAUACUGUGCAGGAACCUGAUGUCGUCCAGGAUGAUAAGGAUAAGGACAAGUAUUUUAGUGCUAAUGAGGUUAUCGAUGUUAAUCAAGCUGGACAGCAGGAGAAUGAUAAGAAUGAUCAACCGUAUUGGCCUGCUUUGCAUAAGAUGAGCAACAUUCCAUCCCAAUGGCCAGCUUCUGGUGUGAUACUACCAGGAAGAGAAGUCAUAUUCUCGAUGGAGACUGCUUCGAAUUAUUUGAAAGACGACAGAUUGAACAGUUAUGGGUAUAAAUGCCAAGUUAUUGGUUACGAAAUGCCACAUUCAACAAACGGUAUGCAAUUGUUAGAGAACGAAUUGGCACAUUUGGGUGGAAUGUGUGCUGCCAGCCUGAUUAGAAAGGAUUUGGUUUUACCAUCAGUUUCUGAUGAAUCCGAAUCAGAUAUGGAAAAUUCGGAAGAAGUUAGUUUGAUUGCAAGACUUUUGCAUGGAAAUUUGCUGUCUCGAGGAUUGGCACUAUCGCAGACACCAACUAUUCAACAAGCUCUCGAUGGAAAUUUGCCGUUAAGUACAAGAUCCAACGGCCGCCAAUUCCUCCGCGACUUCGUCACCGGCCCGACUCCGUCUCCUCUCAUCUCCGACGACGCCGAAGAUGCGCCUUCUGCAGGUUCGGAUCAGGCCGACGUCAGACUCAACGCCUGCACCUCGAGCGGAGCAAGAUUGGCAGCCUGGCUGCAGCCGGAGCCCAGGAUCUGUCCGGCCCUGUGCUACGUACAAGAACCGAAUCGGGAGGAACUGAAACAGGGGUGGACUAGCCUGAUCACGGUUGUCACGAGGGACCAGUACGGGGAUUUGGCUUAUGCACCGGAUUUAAAGGUUACCUUGAAGGCAAUUCCCGUAGAUGCUGGACCAAAUGUGGACAUUUCCACCACCACGGGCGACCCUCAACCUGAAGCCAACUCUUCAAAUUUUACUGCCCCAUCAGCAUUUGUUGAUAAAACCACUUUCGGAGGACAUCCUCCUCCGCCUGCUGCCAAAUACGAGCCAACCGCUUUCUCGAAUUACUCCUUCGAAGAAUUACGCCUGGCGACCGGCCCUGCUUCUUAUUCCGGCCGCGCGGCGUCGCAGUGUCCGACGAGCGAGACGGUUCGUGUCACGGCUGUCAAGACUCUGGGCGCGUAUGCGGGAACCUGGACGCCAACUGCAGUGGGUGACUACACUCUUCAGGCUACCGUGGAUGGAUAUCCAUUGCCUAAAUCUAUCACAGUUCGAGUCCUAGCGCCUCCUGCAGGAACAGCACCGCCUCCGCCGAGACGUCCGGCGGUUCCUCCCACAAUUCCACCAGAUGCGCCUGCAGAACGUCUGCUGCGUUUCACGUGCAGACCGAGUGCAGGGCUAAGGAUCAGGGCACAUCCUUCUUUGCAGAGCGAACAAUUGGCUAUUGUCCAGUGCGAUGAGACCAUUGCAUUUGUAGACGAGAUUCACAACGAUGAUGGUGUAUGGGUCCGCCUGAGUCCAGACACAAUGCUUGCUUAUUGUGCUCCAGAUGUCCAGGAAGCCUGGGGUCGUAAACAAUCUCAUCGCUACAUCAUUAGCCAGAGAGGUGUUUUUGCUCCACAAAGGGCGAUGCGAGGUCCUUCUCUGAAAUUGCCAUCAGAUGUUUUGUUCAUGAAGGCGAAGAAAUUUUCAUCAGAGAAUAUGUAA